AUGGAAUAUAAAGAAGAUUCUUCAAACGAAGUUACAAUAGACUCAAAUGGUAUAGAUCCGCAUAAAAUUCUUUCAGAUCAAAAUCAAAUUGAAAAAGAUAUUGAACAAAAUAACAAAAAACAGAUAUCAUUCUUCGAUGUUACAGUUUCAGAAAACAAUUCAUGCUCAGAUGAAUAUCUGAAAGCAAUUUUCAAAGCAAUAACAGAAAUUUACCAAAGAUCUUUCAUGCCAAUACAGGACUCUGAAGAAAAACUUUAUGAUUUUAUCUUCGAACUAAGUGAUUCUAACCACAAAAACGUGCUCAAAGAACUAAUUUCAGAUUUCGAUAUUCCUGCUUAUAUUUUCGGUAAAAUACAUAAUGAUAAUCACAGAAAUUUGCUACCAAAACGAAUUCUUGCGCUAACUACGUGCCUAGAGUUAAAUUUUCAAUUAUUUAAUGAAGAUUACUUCGAUUUUAUUCUAAAUACCUUAUUUUUAGAACAAAACAUUGAAAAUACAGACGAAUUCACUGCUGUUCUUGCAUUUUUAGCAAAUUUCACAGAUGAAAACAAUAUUCAAUUAUUUCCAGUAGAAUUCUUUCCGAUUCUAUCAGAAUUAAUGUCUUUGCAUGUCUUUAACAUCAUAUAUAGACAUACAAUUCUACUUAUAUUAAAAAUAAUUCAAGUUUUAUCUCCAAAUGAUGAAAUUAAUGAUUUCAUUUCUAAUUGUUUUGUUUUCAUUAAUGAAUUCAUCGAACAAGCUCCAUCUUAUGCCAAUAAUGCUAUAUUGCAAUUAAUUUCAGCCAUUUCUGAUUUCAAUACAAGUUAUCUAAAUUAUCUUAUUCCAUCUUUAGAUCAUAUUUCAGCAUUUGGUCAGAUUUCAUAUCAAACAAUAUUUUCAGUGAUCAGAUCUUCACUAUCUUUUGAUUUUCUAACAGAUCAAGUUUUUUCUGCAAUUUUUGAUACAUUGACAUUAUCAACUAUUGAUGAUUUAUUAAUAAUUGAAUUAUACUCAAUGUUAAAUAUGCUAAUUUCCAAAGAUUCAGAAAAAUUUUAUGAGAUAUUUUUAAAUGAUCAUAGCAAUGUCGAAAUCAUGAUGAAUUCAAUUCAAACUCUAUUCUCAAGCACAUCAUUUAAUAUAGUUGCAGUAGUUGGGCGAUUUUAUUCGGUAUUAUUUUAUUAUUUUCCUAGUUUAAUUGAAAAUAAGAAAUAUUUCGAUAUCGAGAACUUUAAAAGGAUCUGUGAGGUCCAAACAGAACUUGUAAUAAUUGUUCUCAACGCAUUUGAUUCAACUUUAUCUUUCAUUAUGAGAACAAACGAAAAUGAGGCUCGAGAAUUCAUAGAAAUGAUCCAAAACUCCGAAAUACUUGAUGAUAUCUGUGAUUACGUCGAUGAUUUAGAUAAUGAUGAAAUUCAAACUGAAUGCGAUCAAAUUAUUAACAAAUUUAUACCCGAUGAAUAA